CAGUGCCCAGUGAGUUACAGUUACCCAUGCCGGUAGUUAAUGUUAAUAGGGACAUUGUAUCAGCAAAUGAGGGGGCGAAGGAUAAUGUCGCCAGUAUGCUGAUGAAUCUAUUAACUAAGAUGAACGUGUUGGAUUCCAAUAUGUCAAGUAAGAUGGAUUCCAGUAUAUCAAAAUUGGAAACUAAUAUGUCACAAAUGGAAACUAAUAUGUCAAGUAAAAUGGAUUCAAAAAUGUCUAAAUUAGGAUCUGAUUUAAGUAAUGAGAUGACUAAAAUGGGCGCUGAUUUAGAUUCCAAAAUAUCCGAUCUCAGAGACUGUUGGAAGCAAGAUUUAGCAGUGCUCAGUAGUAAAGUAAAUGUUGAAAUACAGCAGGUUAAACUAGAAUGUACAGAAAAUAUUGUUCAAGUGCAAAGUGAAUUGACGACACGAAUCGAACAGGUUACUGAGGAUCAACAGCAAUCUAAAUCCCAUGUUGAUGCAGAAUUAGAUAAAGUAUGUGAGCACAUAAAAGUGGUAGAGAAUUCCAAUGAAAUUAAUCAUGCCGCCUUAGAAUGUAAAGUAAAUGAUACCAAAAUUCGGUGUGAGAAACUUGGAGAGCAAGUUGUAAAUAAGGUCAAUAAUUUAGAGACUCACAUAAGCCAUUUCAGUGAAAGUGUGAAUGAGCAACUUUGUGGGCAUGAAUGCAGACUAACCAAAGUAGAACAGUGUGUUUCUAACCAUAGUGGUAGUAUAAUUUCCAGUGGAAUAAUUGAAUCUACCGAGGUUGCGUAUGUUACCCACAGACAGUUUUUAAAAUUUGACCCAAGUAAGAACAUGCACCCCAGAGAAUUUUGGAACGAUUUUGAAGACGUUUUGCCGAAAGUAUGGAGCGAUAAACAAAAGAUAGGCUUUAUCACUUCAAAUUUGAUGGGAGAGGCCAGAGUAUGGGGGAAUUUAGCCUCUGAAAAAUACGCGAAAUUGUCAGAAUUUAAAUUAGCGUUCUUUGAGGAAUACUGGGGAAAGAGAAAGCAGAUGGAUGUUCUUAAUCGGUUCUGGUCGGGAGAGAAGUAUGACCCCAAGAGAGAGGGCAUCAAACGAUUUGUUCAAAGGUGGGUAACAACUCUGUCCUACCUUAGUAAUAAGUUAGAAACAGAACAGAUCAUAUUAGGGGUAGAAAAUAAGCUACCGUGGAACUGGAAAACUAAGAUCAUAUCUGCGCCCCGAGAUAACAUUGACAAGUUCGUACAGUAUUUAGAAAGGGUUGAAUCCGUCCAAAAAGAAGAAGAAAACAUGAGGAGGGAGCAUCGCCCGCCUGCUAGGCAGAAUGACAAUCGCGCGGAUGUAAACAUUAAUAGGAUGGGUGUUCAGAGAGGCGGCGGAUACCGUGGCAGUUCACGUGGUAGAGGAAGAACAUAUGUUAACAGGUUCAAUGAACGCGAGCAGUAUGACAGCGGCCGACAGAUGUCAGGAGGUGAGGCGGUCAGCUGGAGGCAUAGUGAUGACGCACCGCGCUCGGAAAACCAUUAAUUGUCUACGAGUGUGCUGGCGAUCGUAGGCAACAGCGUUUAAAGUUAAAUCCGCUGGCAAAACCAUUCAUAAGAAAGCAGCCUGAACGACCACCUAACAUAAAUGUUGUUGCUACAAAAUUUAGGGAGGAUAACGUAAAACAGACAGAGAUAGUAGCUUUAAGUCAAGUGGAGGUUAAUGAACCAAUUAACUGUAAGAAUAAUCAUAAGAAGCCACUUAUUGAAGAACUAAGUACUAGUUAUAAGGGUAAUAAUCAGAAAGACAUUAUGCACAGUAAAACUAAUGAAGAGCUGUCGGAUAGGGGUGAGAACAGUAAUAAUGGCAGGGUUGUGACUGUGCUUGAUAAGAUAAUUGAUGUUGUAGAUAGUUACGAAGAAGAGGAUAGAUUAGAGGAGGAGGUAGAGGUUAAUGACGACGCCUUGGAUAGGGUCGUAGAAAAGGAGGUUAAUGAGAAAGAGGGGGAAACAUUGGAAAAAUGUUUUGACUUAGCAAUAGUGGAUAGGCUAAUAGGAGCUGCCACUAGAAUUGAGGGUGAUAAUAAGCAUGAAAUAAACCCUGUAAGUGUGAAUGUGAUUGCCACCCAAAAGACAGGCUUCGAAAGGAGAGAAAUUGUGCAAGAUUUAUUGGAGGAAGCAGAACCCAAAAUAAAUAAAGAGUACUUAGGGCAACCGAUAGUAGAGCUAAGAGUAUUAAAUGAACCAGUUAAAUGUUUGAUAGAUACUGGAUCGGAAGUCUGUGCAGUAUCCCAGAACUUGGUAAAUGAACUCCCUAACAGUAAACAGAUUGUUAAGAUGCCAGUAAGUGGCUUGAACAUUGUAGUAGCAACCGGUAAGACUAAGAAGACAGUAAAACAGGAAGUGUUUCUACCCAUAGCAUUUAAGGAAGUAGAAAUAAGACAGAACUUCUUAGUUAUAAAUGGACUGAGUGUAGACAUAUUGGUGGGGGCUGACUUUUUGAAUAAAUAUGAAGGAUGGGUGAAUUUUUCUACCAAUGAUGUUAUGGUAAAAAUUAAGGCAAUUUAAUUAUAAGAUGAUAUACAUUAAGGGUUCCGAGAACAUCGUGGCGGACGCCUUAUCAAGAAGUGUGAAAGAUACAGGACAAGAAGGGAAAUCUUUAAGAAAUACCGAUAAUAAUGAAGUAAUGUUGGCCAUCAUGCAGCUCCAGGACGAUGGCUUAAUUAAGCGCAUUUGUAAGAACCUACGGAGGGAACAGAACCAGGAUGACAACAUUAAAUUAGUAAAGAGUAGAUUAGGUCAUCCAGACUACCCAAAAUUACUGGUCUACUAUAAAGUGCAUAAAGAUGUCUUAUUUAGGCGCAGGAAAGACAGUGAGGAGAAUUGGAAAAUAUGUUUUCCGGAGCAACAUGUAGAUGCACUUAUAGACUACGUACAUUGUAAGUAUGGGCAUUAUGGCGCUCGUAAAUGUAUAGCUAAGUUAAGUGAAGUGGUAAUUUUUGAUAAUAUGUGGAGAAGGGUGCAACAGCGAUUAGAAUCCUGUGAUCGUUGCCAGAAAGUUAGGGCCAACAAUAGAACUAUCCAAGGACAGAUGUAUUCAGUAGAACCACAAAAUCGGCUGGAUUUAGUAGCUGUAGAUUUAUUUGGUCCACUACCAGUGUCUAGAGGGGGAUGUGAAUAUGUGUUUGUGAUGGUGGAUGGGUUUACUAAGUACGUAAAAUUUUACCCAAUUAAGAAAGCCAACUCUAAAGUAUUAGUGAAUAAGUUGGAGAAGGACUAUUUUGGGAAGAUAGGAGUGCCAAAGGCAAUAUUGUCAGACAAUGGGCCCCAGUUUAUCUCUAAGAAAUUUAGUGAAUGUUUACAACAGAGAGGUAUCGAUCACAUAAAAAUCUCCGCGUACUUUCCUCAAGGGAACAUGUGUGAGCGAAUUAUGAAGGAGUUAAACAGAUUGUGUAGAACAUAUUGUCAUAAAAAACACUCCGCUUGGGCCAAUUAUAUUGAAUACUUCGAAGAAGUAAUAAACCAUCUGAAGCAUGAAGCCACAGGAUAUGCACCAGUAGAGCUAAUGUGUGACAUUAGGCCGAAUAAUAUUUUAUUCGACCUGGUCGAGUUUCCAAAUCUCACAGACAUAGCCAUCGAAGAGAAGGAGAGACUGGCACGUAUUAAUAUAAGAAAGAAGGCCCUGGAAAGAAAGAGAAGGCAUGACGCAAGAGCUGAUCCCACUAGUUUUCAGGUAGGGGAUCUAGUGCUAGUGAAAACUAGGGAAAGAUCUAAGAAACUUACGUCAGAAACAAAGAAGUUUACCGAUGAGUACGUGGGCCCAUUUAGAAUCGUAGAGAAGCCUCACCCAAAUGCUUAUAGACUGGAGUUUGUGAAAUCACAUAAGGUGUUAGGGCUUAGGAACAUUGUGGAUUUGAAAAGAUAUGUUCAAAAGAGAGACGUGGCCAGGAGUGAGUAGAUACCUCAGAGAGCUUUGCACUCUUUGCAGAGCUAAGUGCGUGACGAGCACUAGGUCUCGAGUCGUUUGACAAUAUUUCUUCCACUUUCUUUUCCGUAUUGUCAACCUACCUCUUCUUUCAUUCAGAACUAAAAUUCUAUCGUCUUUCCUUCUUCUCUAUCGUAGUUUUUAAGUGAUAAAGUGUUUAAGUAAUGAGUAGGAAAGAACCUCAGUGCAGUAUAGGUUAAGCGUAAGGAAUGAGUGUAAGAGAAAAUCAAAAAGGAUUAAGAUACCUCAGAUAAGUAAUAAGUCUCAGUAAAGUAAAUGUUUGGCCUAAGGUGUGAGUAAUGCCCUUAGAAAGGUAAAAUAACUAAGAAAUGUAAGAGCCUCAGAAAAUAUGGUGACGAACAUUGAAGCUGUUUGUUAAGUAACAGAACGAUAUGUUAAGACGUAGCAUUAAGCUAAUGUUUAGGAAAGGAAAUGGAGCAGUACAGCAAAACUGUCUGUUCAAUGAAGUCAGAGCCUCAGGAGGUGAUUUAGUGGUAAAAUGAGUAAAGGUACAGUGCAACAAGGUUGACUGUCAAAGGGGUAAAGGAAGUUAAGUUAAAGGGACAGUGCAGCAGGACUGACUGUCAAAUGAAGAGAAAUAUGUGAGAAAAGGAGAAAGAAUGAGCAUAGUGUUUGGCUAGCUCGAUAUUAGGAAAAAGUGAGGCUACGAAGGUGAGUAAAUAAAAAGCUUAAUGUUGGUAACCAGAGGUGGCGUUUGUUGGUAAACAGAGGAGAUGUUUGUAAACAAAAGGAAGUGAGGCUACGAAUGUAAACAGAGCUGAGGCGACGUUGGUAACUCAGGAGGUGGAUGUAUGUUAGAAAGUAUGGGUAACGAGGUUUCGCAGAUUAGUAGGAAACGCUUUAACAAAUACUAACCUGAGUGUGUGAAGUAUGAGUAUGAGAGUUGUAAAUUAAACCCGAAUGUGACUAGAGAAAACCUGAUGUUGACAAGAAAUUGAAGUAACUCCAGAUAUGUGAGAUGAGGAAAGUACCCAUGACAUCGAUUCCAUUUUUGACCAGAGACACACAAAGCUCCCCAAGUUUGUCGUAGAGAUUAGUAUAAGGAUUGUAGUGUUGAUAAAUGAAUAAGUAAAUAUGUAUUUUUCAGUGUUUAAUUUAUGAUACAGGACUACAGGAGAUUGCCUGGAGACAGAAUUGUAAUAUUGAUAAUUUUGUGUAUAUUUUAUAUUGUUGUGUAUUGUACAGGAACUGGAGAGUCACCAGUGCUGGCGGAGAUUUAUUAUGUAUUUGUGAACUAUUUGUAGGAAUUGUUUUUCUUAGUAUUUCUUAUGUAACCAUAACUUGUUUGAUUAUGAGAUGAAGAAGUAAUUAAAGAGUAAAUGUGCCACUUCGGUACUGCAUUAGGAAAGUCAAUUCACUUUUCACUUAAAAAAAAAAAAAAAAAAAAA